ACAUCUAAGAUUUCAUCUCCCUACUCUUCUAUCUGAUCCCUUUAAUGAACCUUCGGUUCUUUCGUCUUAGUUUUAGAUCAGAAGAGUAGAUCGUUUCUCUUUGGAAUGUUUUCUGAACCAAAUCCGAAUUUCGAUGAUAAAUUGUCCCUUGUAAUUGGUUUUCUGGGAGAAAUUAUCUGUUUUGCUAGCAAUUGAUUAGUAAACCCUCAAAGUUGCGAAUUUGGAAGACAAGUUCCAGGACUGGUGAACUAUAAUAAUUUGGGUUUGCUACGAUGACGCUCGGUGCUCGGCUUAUUGCUCCCAUGAUUAUACUUCUCCUUUUUGUACCGAUUGAAUUAGUUAAAGCGGAAGUCAUUACACUGACACCAGAAACCUUUUCUGACAAGAUUAAGGAGAAAGAUACUGCGUGGUUUGUAAAGUUUUGUGUUCCUUGGUGUAAACACUGCAAGAAAUUGGGGAAUUUGUGGGAAGAAUUGGGAAAAGCAAUGGAGGGAGACGAUGAAAUUGAAAUUGGUGAAGUAGACUGUGGUACUAGCAGAGCUGUUUGCACCAAAGUUGAAAUUCACUCAUAUCCAACAUUUAUGCUAUUUUACAAUGGAGAAGAAGUUUCAAAAUAUAAAGGGAAAAGAGACGUUGAAUCGCUUAAGGCGUUUGUUAUAGAGGAAACUGAAAAGGCAGCAGAAAAAGCGCAGCUUGAAGACAAGGAACUGUGAUACAACUAGUCAGUGAUUAUUAGAACCUGAUACAUUAUUCCCUUUGGUUUUCAGUUUGCCUAUGCAGUUGUGUGACUCUUACUGUUAGUUAGAUAGGCAUGGCUUCAAAAUUCGAUAUCCAGCACGAUGGACGAACAUCUUUGGCUUUAAAGGUUUUUUCACACCACUGUUUUCUAAGAUUUUCAGUUUCCAUUUUAUCUACAGUCAGAUAAGCAAAGGCAGAAGAAGUGCACUUAGUCGAGAUUUCUUACAAGUUUGUGUUGUAUGUUCGUUUUAAGAGCAGCUGCAGACAAAAGUUCUUGCUUUGAAAUUUCAUAUUCAGUUGAUUGUCAGUACUAA